AUGCUCCUCCAGCGCUACCUCGGCACACUCUUCGUGCUCAUCUCCCUCCCCUUCGCCGCCGCUAUCAGCAUCGGUCAACAGUUCAAUCUCAAACCGGGCGUUUCAGCUUCUAGCUGCUUUCUCACAUGCCACACCAUGGCCACCAACAGCGUCCUCCUUCCCGGACGCGACAUCAACUUUGUGACGGCCAUAGGCAAGAACUGUGCUUUUAACGAAUGGGCCGUGAUGGUCUCUGCGUGUCUCCCUUACACCUGCGUCUCGGCGCCAGACCUCGGCUACGCGAUUGAGUAUGGACACAGCUUCUGUGCCCGCGCAGGAUACCACAAGGUCAACCUCACUCUGCCCCAGUGGUUCCUGGACAGCGAGGGUGGAGCGUGGUACAACGAGACGCUGGCCAAGAGGUCGGCAGCCUCCUCCUACGCCGGACCUGCUGCGACUUGGACCUUGGCGCCAGCCGCACUGGCGGCUGUCUUGGUGGCUGGAGUGCUGUAG